GUACAACCCUCACGCAUUCCCACACUCAAGCCGUUGUAGUCGGUGUAUUUCAUGCUUUUGUGAAGGGAAACUGUGGUUAUGCGUGUUUCGUAUCUCAACUGCUCGGUGUUUCAGCACCGCGCCCGGAUGGAAAUGUGUCUUUCGGGGAGAAGCCGCUUUCAGCCAACUAGACAUCGAGCACAGCGCGCUACACAGCAUGGGCAUCUGCAACUUUUAAGAAUACAUGCGGUUUGAGAUAUAGAUCUAUGGCCAGACGAUACAACCUGCGUCCCAGAGGACAUAAUAGAGGCUGUGGGAAAUCUGACAGAGGCUCUUAAGUGCUAUUACUCCAAAUUUUGCUGUUUCAUUCUGGUUUUAGUGCCGUCAUUCAUGGAUGUGCACGCAGAGGCGGGUCCGUUGAACGAGCAAACGGUGGAUGAGCCACCGGGAGGCGCCACGGUGACUGUCAUCACCGCACAUUGUCAGGUCCAAACGGUGGUGGGGUGUGACGCCGCGCUCGGCGAGGAUGACCUACAGUCGGACGCUGGAGCUCAAACACCGGAGGCGGUUGUUCCAGACACGGAGAUCGAGAGCGAGGAUGCUGCGCGUGCAGGGGCGGACAGACCUCUCGAGGAGCAGAGAGCGGGGAAAACGGAAACCGUGGGUUCCAGUUGCAGCAACGAGAGCUGCGUCCCGACCCCAGGCUGUCGGAUUUGCUUCCAAGGAGCCGAACAGGGUGAGCUGCUGAGCCCAUGCCGCUGUGCUGGUUCUGUUCGACAUGCCCAUCAGCAGUGUCUGCUCAAAUGGAUCAGUGAGAAGGGCUCCUGGAGCUGUGAACUCUGUAACUACAGAUUCAACAUUCUGCCCAUACAUAUCAAGCCCCCACAGCAGUGGCAGGCAGUCACAAUGACUUUGGUUGAGAAGGUGCAGGUCAUCGCAGUGUUGUUGGGUGGCAUCUUCCUAUUGGCCAGCGUGUCAUGGCUGCUGUGGUCAGCACUGAGUCCUGAGGCACUAUGGCAACGAAGUGACCUCCUUUUCCAGAUCUGCUAUGGCAUGUAUGCAGUCAUGGACCUUGUGUGUAUUGGUCUGAUUGUUCAUGAAGGUGGUGCUGUAUACAAUGUACUGAUGCGUUGGCGAGCAGUUAAUCUUCUUUGGGACGUUCAUAACUACGAUAAAAGCCGAGACCUAGACAGCACACACAGUCCACAUCGUAACCUGUGGCUGCCUCUCACAAACACGCAUACAGUCUCGAACACACGCUCACACACCACGCAACUGGAGUCAUCGCCUCGAUGCCCCCUUCACCUCCUCUCCAUGUGCCUGAACACGACCUCUGAGCUCUCCCCACAGGAGGAAGGCUCAGGCGAGCUUGUUGUGAGGGUCACUUCAGUCUGACUUCAAAUGAACCCAUUCAGGGACCAAUCCACUCUCCCUGCACUGUCCAGUGAUGGGCAUUGCUAACCAAUGGGAGGAGCCUAAGUGUUGGGAAGAGCCUUACUUGAAAAGCACUUUAGAAGAUGCACAAACUUAAUUAAAUAUGGUAUUGUUAUUAUGUAUUGUACUGUAUAUUGGAGUAGGUUUUCUAGGCCUGGAGUUUAGUAACUGACUCUGGAUCAGCCUUUGAGCAUCAAAGUUCAACUGCAAAGCACACACAUAGACAUAUAUUAAAUUGUAAUACACUCACACACACACACAUAACACCUGAAAAAUAUAUUACUGCUGUUUAGACAAAUGAAUGUUUGUUUAAAACCAAUUUUGGUUUUGUGUUCAGGUUUCUCAGUAUUCAAAAUUACUGUGGCAGGGUUUUCCAAAGGUUUUAACUUUUGAAAGCUGAAAACUUUUAACUGCAAUAUAAGCUGAGAUAGACAUCCAUUGACCAAUGCGAAUUUCAGACAGGCAGGGUUAGGUUAGGCCACUUGUGUUUUGCUGUAUAGAGCUUUUCAGCUAUGACGCAGGCAAUUUGCCAUGGGUUCCCAUGAGAUUUUCCUAUGGGUUUUUAUAAUGGGGGUUUUCAAAAGUGAAUCUUGGAAAGAAUUAUGUUGCUAAUGAGUUGCUAAAUAAGGUCUACAACUACCACAAGCAUGUGAGUGAACGUGCCUGACGUUCUGCUAGUUCUUAUCUAGCAACUUGUUAGCAAUAUACUUUUUAUAUUGCAAUAUACAAUUUUUUUUUUAAAUCACUUUUUUCAAAAUGCACGUUUGGGGUAUGACUGUGUGCAAUUAAUGUCCAAGUAUCUUAAAGUAAUGUUUAAAACAGACCUUAUUUGAUUCAUAAAUCCAGAACUGCCUUUAUAAAAAUCCAAGGAAAAUACUAAUUCCUGAACAGCACUUUUCCCCUCUUGAUUUCUCUCAAAGAUCAUUCCACACCAUCAAAAUGUAUCUUACACAUUCUUAUCCGGGAAAGAGACAUCAGAGCUUUCUCUAGUGUGUAAGCAUCUUACAUCUCCUGUUGUAUUACAGCACAAAACAUACAUGAUUUUGCACUAUUAGUCUUGACUGAUAUAAAACUCGUUCAUUUGAAUGGUCAGAGUUGGUUUUCAGAUAUUUCAGUAAUCUUUGUGAUGCUGCUAGCCUAAUGGUUCAAAAUCUGUGUUAGUCAUUCAAAGCUUUACAUUCAAAAUUUCUGCCAGAAACAAGUGGUCAUUUUAACCAUUGUGCCCAAUAUCAGCAUGACAAAUGUGAGUCGACUGAUUCUGUCUGGGUCUAUCUGCUGUGCUGACAUUUAAAUCAUCAUGAUUUAAACAACCUGUUUAACAUUCGUAAUUUGAUGUAUUUCAAGUAAAACAGGACAUUUAAUGAGAAAUGAUAGGUCGGACUCCAUCUGAAA